AUGUCAAGGAUUUCAAUUCCCUUAGUGGGAUUUCUCUUGCUAUGCUGUCUUGCAACUACGAUUCAAGCUGAAGGAGAAUACAUAGAAUACAAAGAUCCAAAAAAGGCAACCAAUGUACGAAUAAGGGACCUGAUGAGUCGAAUGACGCUAGCAGAAAAGAUUGGCCAGAUGGUGCAAAUAGAGCGAUCUGUUGCAACUUCCGAUACCUUGAGGGAUUACUCUAUCGGCAGUGUACUAAGUGGUGGAGGAAGUGCCCCUCUCUUUAAUGCCUCUCCUCAAGAAUGGAUUAAUAUGGUUAAUGGAUUCCAAAAUGCUUCACUUUCUAGCCGUCUUGGAAUUCCCAUGAUUUAUGGGAUUGAUGCUGUUCAUGGUCACAACAAUGUUUACAAGGCCACCAUUUUCCCCCAUAAUGUAGGUCUUGGAGCCACAAGGGAUCCUGACCUUGUGAAGAGGAUUGGAGCAGCAACUGCUCUUGAAGUUAGAGCUACAGGCAUUCCUUAUGCUUUUGCUCCAUGCAUUGCGGUUUGUAGAGAUCCCAGAUGGGGGAGGUGCUACGAGAGCUAUAGUGAGGAUCCUAAAGUUGUUGAAAUGAUGACAGAGAUUAUACCCGGAUUGCAAGGUGAUAUUUCUUCAGAUUCCAGAAAGGGUGUUCCUUAUGUUGGUGGAAAGGAAAAAGUUGCAGCCUGUGCAAAGCACUUUGUGGGUGAUGGUGGCACAACCAAUGGGAUUAACGAGAAUAAUACUGCCAUUGAUUAUCAUGAAUUAAUGAGCAUUCACAUGCCAGGUUAUUCUCACUCCAUUAUCAAGGGUGUCUCGACAGUCAUGGUUUCUUACUCGAGCUGGAACGGACAGAAGAUGCAUGCCAAUCGUUACCUCGUCAAGACUCUUCUCAAGGAUAUCCUCAAGUUCAGGGGUUUUGUCAUCUCUGAUUGGGAAGGUAUUGAUAGGAUUACUUACCCACCUCAUUCAAACUACACAGAAUCAGUUCUGAAAGGAAUUUCAGCUGGCAUUGAUAUGGUCAUGGUUCCGUACAACCAUACUGAGUUCAUCGAUAUUCUGACCGACUUAGUAAACAAUAACUACAUCCCCAUGGGCCGUAUUGAUGAUGCUGUCAGGAGGAUUUUGCGAGUGAAAUUCGCUUUAGGUUUGUUUGAGAAUCCCUUGGCUGAUGAGAGCUUGGUUGACCAGCUUGGAAGCCAGGCUCACAGAGAUUUGGCUAGGGAAGCUGUGAGGAAGUCACUUGUUCUCUUGAAGAAUGGAGAGAAUGCAGAUGCUCCAUUUCUACCUCUCCCCAAAAAAGCAUCAAGGAUCCUUGUAGCUGGAAGUCAUGCCAACAAUUUGGGCUAUCAAUGUGGAGGUUGGACAACAACUUGGCAAGGAGUUGAUGGCAACAAUUACACUUCUGGAACCACCAUCUUAGGUGGUAUCUCAGCUGCAGUUGAUCCAAGCACAGAAAUUGUCUACAGCAAGAACCCUGAUGCUGAUUUUGUAAAGUCCAACAACUUCUCUUAUGCCAUUGUUGUCGUCGGAGAGACACCUUAUGCCGAGACAGCUGGAGACAGUUUGAACCUGACCAUAGCUGAACCAGGUCCUAGUACAAUCCUCAACGUCUGCAGCAACGUUAAGUGCGUUGUGAUCACAGUCUCCGGCCGUCCAGUUGUUAUCGAGCCCUAUGUGACACAAAUCGAUGCUCUUGUUGCUGCUUGGUUGCCAGGUACUGAAGGCCAAGGAGUAGCAGAUGUGCUGUUUGGGGACUAUGGAUUUACCGGAAAGCUGCCUCGGACUUGGUUCAAGACUGUUGAUCAGCUCCCUAUGAAUGUUGGUGACUCUCAUUAUGAUCCACUCUUCCCCUAUGAUUUUGGACUCACAACUGAGCCUGUUCAAUCAAGCUAG